GGCGGCCAUUUUGUUUGGACACCGAGCGGGAGUUGGCGGCACUGGCUGUGGUGAUAGAGGCGAAAGACAGGCAAAGGGCAGGCCAGGCGAGCAGGUGGACCGACUGACCAGACAGCCAGCCAACAAGAACGAACUAACCUAGCAGUCCACCGCUCACGCAUCUAGCCAACCGCCAAACAAGUUAACCCGAGUCCCUCCACCAUCAACUGAGCUUCGGCCGGCUUCCGGCCCGCCUUCCGCAGCCGUCGUGGCAGCCCCGGGAGGAGCACUGGCGUCCUUUUCCUUCGAUCCUCGGGAUUUGAAGAUGGCUGCACAGUCAGCGCCGAAAGUUGUGCUAAAAAGCACCACCAAGAUGUCUCUAAAUGAGCGCUUUACUAAUAUGCUGAAGAACAAACAGCCGAUGCCAGUGAAUAUUCGGGCUUCGAUGCAGCAACAACAGCAGCUAGCCAGUGCCAGAAACAGAAGACUGGCCCAGCAGAUGGAGAAUAGACCCUCUGUCCAGGCAGCAUUAAAAAUUAAGCAGACUUUAUAUGCAAGUCCGGACAGUGGCUGUGGAAGGAUAUGUCCAAGCUGUGGCUGGGCGUCUGGAGGGCGGUGCCAUGCAACUAAGAGCUUAAAGCAGCGCCUGGGUAAGAGUAACAUCCAGGCACGGUUAGGCCGACCCAUAGGGGCCCUGGCCAGGGGAGCAAUCGGAGGACGAGGCCUGCCCAUUAUCCAAAGAGGCCUGCCCAGAGGAGGACUGCGUGGGGGACGUGCCACGAGAACCCUACUUAGGGGCGGGAUGUCGCUCCGAGGUCAAAACCUGCUCCGAGGUGGACGAGCCGUAGCUCCCCGAAUGGGCUUAAGAAGAGGUGGUGUUCGAGGUCGUGGAGGUCCUGGGAGAGGGGGCCUAGGGCGUGGAGCUAUGGGUCGUGGCGGAAUCGGUGGUAGAGGUCGGGGUAUGAUAGGUCGGGGAAGAGGGGGCUUUGGAGGCAGAGGCCGAGGCCGUGGACGAGGGAGAGGUGCCCUUUCUCGCCCUGUACUGACCAAGGAGCAGCUGGACAACCAACUGGAUGCAUACAUGUCGAAAACAAAAGGACACCUGGAUGCUGAGUUGGAUGCCUACAUGGCACAGACAGAUCCAGAAACCAAUGAUUGAAGCCUGCCUGCCCUCCUGUGAGAGACUCUUGUUAAAAUUACCACGUCUGUAAAUAACCUUGAGAUAACAGAUGAAAAGAAACCUACCUGAUUGAUGCCGGAAGGACCUAUCACAAUAGACUAUGGACUUAACUUGCCACCAGUUUGUGCAUUUAGUGUGUUCCUUUUACUUUUUUGAUACUACAUUGUAUGAAACCCUUUUUUCCUCUGACUUGGGUUCGGUUUUGUUUUAUUGUUUUAGGUUUAUUUGGGGGUUUUUUUCCCCUCCUCCCAGACUUCUCUUUGAACAUGAACAUGAACAUGUUGGCCCUCUUACCACCCCUGCCUUCCCCUCACCUGUUUUAUAUGCCCUCACAUUCUAACAUUUCCUCUGUUCACCUGUAUACCCUCUGGAAAAAGUCCCAGCAAUAACCCAUCAGUGUUCUUCCCUAACACCUAGGUUUUUGAGAUACAGUUCUAUAUCACUCUAAUAGACUCUUAGAAGUGUUGAGAAAAUCUGGAGUUCAAAAAUGCACUCUGCCACAUUGAUAAUUUUUAGUGUAGUAAUUUGGGAACAUUGACCUAGCUACAGGGCCACAUAACAGGUUAUAUACAUGGGAGCAGCGGUGAUUGAAGUUGCCGCCAUGUGCACUGACACCACAUAAUGUGUGCUGGUGUGGGUGUGUGCAUAAUUUCUACCCUGGAAUACGGUUUAUAAACCUUGGCUUUGCGUCAUAUCCAAAGGGGCCCUGUUGGGUUGGCUUAUUCCUGAAAUAGAGGAAAAAGCCAUUCAGUUAAGCAGAUACUUCAGAAGGAGUGGGAGAAAUACGGCAGGUACCUGCUGGAGAGGGUUCAGAAGAUACCCAUUCUGAAUGUAAUUCUUAGGUUUAUCCCAAACCAAUCUUAGGAUUUUCCAUACAUUGGCUUUGUUUGACCCUCUUUUCUUGAAGGUUUGUAAGUUAACCAUAUCCUGUCAAAUGUCCCAGUUUCGGUGGAAUCUUGUAUUUCUGGUUUAUUAUAACAAGAAAUUGUUCUCUCAGAUCUGGCCAGGACUUUCUCUUAUUUGUUGUGCUCUUUGAAAUGCUAUGGCUACUGUAACUAUCUUGAUAAACCCCUUGUAGAGCAGAGUCCCUCAUAGUUGUGCUGAAAUUUUGAGGAGCAGGUAUUGUGGAUUUGGUAUGUAAAGAAUCUGUCCGCCUUUGAGUAAGCCUUGCAGAAAGAGUAACCACACAGAGUAAUGUACUGACCCUUUUGGUCCAUCGGAAGCUCAGGCAAGGUGGUCUUGGGCAAUAUCCUGGACCCUGGGGUUAGCCCCCCUUUUCCCCUGCACUGUUAAAGGGAAAAGAACCUUAACCACCUCCAACCAAACUACACCAUUGGGCUACCUGGUACCCUGAGCUGUUGAGACAUGGUGUUUAUCGCAUGCCGGGAAGGGAAGUGGUUUCCUUGAAUCCUGUAGGUGUGACCUGGGCUACUUAAUCUCUGUUCAGCAAGUGGUUUAGUCCUGUAGAAGGGAGAGCUUGAAAAGACCACAUGGGGAUAGAGGACUUAAUCAUGCUGCCAUAACAAACCUGACCUGGAUUUAAAGUGUGCUGUUAAGAAUGGACCAUAAAGCAUUUUUCUGUGGUCAUGGCUAGUAGUAAGGGUAACUCCUUUGGCAGCCCCCAAAGCUCCCGUGAGGGUGGUGCUGAUUGCAAACAACCUUGCAAACACCAUCCCUCAGUUGCCUUGCAUCAGGCACCUCUCAGCGCCUCUAGGAAACCUUUGGAAGAUAAAGGAAAAGAGCUGCAAGGUGAGUGGGUUCCUUAACCUUCAUACAACCUGGGAUGACCCUCAGCCCACUUACUUUCCCAACAGUUGACCCCUUCCCCAAGGUAGCUAACAAAUAUGUUCCCCCAAAAUGACGACUAGGACUUACCCUCAAUAUUUUUACUUGGUGGCUUUUGAGCCAU